CCAUGCGAAGAUACUGAGGUGGUGGAUUGUACUCUUUCACUCUCUCUCUCUCCCUCCCUCCAUGUAUCUCUCUUCCCACUGAACCCCCUGAAGGUGACGUGACCCAUUCCAUGCUAGGAGUUCUAUCUGGUGCCUUGGACCUUGAGGUGUACAUCUGCACACCCUUAGCCUCAACAAGAACAUCCUCCACCUCCACCUAGUCAUUCUUCACUGUGCCCAUCAUCCCCUUGUUUCCCAGUCUAAUCCCCUGGUCACGCCAGAGAGAGGCAGACAGCACAAGCCCAUCUCACAUCUGAGGAAGUCUGAGGGACCCGUGGCACCACACAAAGGCGGAGCCAGCCCCAUGGUGCAUAAGAACUCAGGAAAGAUGAGCAACCACAUCUAGCAGAUCUUUUUUGUCUUUUUCAGAGCAAAGUGUGCAAGAAAUAGGGGGAGAGACAUACUCCUGUGAAAUAAAGAGAGGGAACAGGAUAGGGAGAAACAGAAGAGGAUGCCUUUUGGGGGGUUUUCGGGGCUGAAGGAGCGGGUUCUGAAACCAGGGAAGGAGGAGGUGAAGAAUACAGUAGGAGACGGUCUGGGGAACCUGCAGAGAAAAAUUGAUGGGACCAAUGUAGACGAGGAUGACCAGAUGGAGCUCACGGAGGACGGGCAACCGGUGGCUCCUCGCCACAAUGCCCCUCUGUUUGACUGCGGUUGCUGCGGCCUGCCCAAGCGCUACAUCAUCGCCAUUCUCAGCGGACUGGGCUUCUGCAUCUCCUUUGGCAUCCGUUGCAACCUGGGGGUGGCCAUUGUGGAGAUGGUCAACAACAACACAGUCUACAUCAAUGGGACACCUGUACUCCAGCCAGCUCAAUUCAACUGGGACCCAGAGACUGUGGGACUGAUCCAUGGCUCCUUCUUCUGGGGUUACAUCGUCACACAGAUCCCUGGAGGCUUCAUCUCCAACAAGCUGGCCGCCAACAGAGUGUUUGGGGCGGCCAUUUUUCUCACGUCCAUACUGAAUAUGUUCAUCCCUUCAGCAGCCAGAAGGCACUACGGCUGUGUCAUGUUAGUCCGCAUCCUGCAAGGCUUGGUGGAGGGUGUUACCUACCCUGCAUGCCAUGGGAUGUGGGCCAAAUGGGCCCCUCCCCUGGAGAGAAGUCGACUGGCCACCACCUCAUUCUGUGGUUCCUAUGCAGGUGCUGUGAUUGCCAUGCCUUUAGCAGGAGUCCUGGUUCAGUUUGUUGGAUGGCCCUCGGUCUUCUAUAUCUAUGGUGUAUUUGGGAUUAUAUGGUACAUCUUCUGGCUCCUGCUUGCCUAUGGGAGCCCAGCCGCCCACCCCACUAUAAGCGAUGAGGAGAGGAUCUACAUAGAGACCACCAUUGGCGUGGGUGUCAAAAUAUUGAGCGCCACUGAGAAAUUCAAGACUCCAUGGCGUCGUUUCUUCACCUCCAUGCCUGUCUAUGCCAUCAUCGUGGCUAACUUCUGCCGUAGCUGGACCUUCUAUCUGCUCCUCAUCAGCCAGCCAGCCUACUUUGAGGAGGUGUUUGGCUUCUCCAUUGGCAAGGUGGGGCUCCUGUCUGCUGUGCCUCACAUGGUGAUGACCAUCGUAGUGCCCAUCGGUGGCCAGCUAGCCGACUUCCUACGCAGUCGUAAAAUCAUGUCAACUACAAACGUCCGGAAAAUCAUGAACUGCGGAGGUUUUGGAAUGGAGGCGACUCUGCUGCUGGUGGUGGGGUUCAGUCACACACGUGGGGUUGCCAUAUCCUUCCUGGUGCUAGCUGUGGGCUUCAGUGGCUUUGCCAUCUCAGGGUUCAAUGUAAACCACCUGGACAUUGCUCCUCGCUAUGCCAGUAUCCUAAUGGGCAUCUCCAAUGGUGUUGGCACACUGUCUGGAAUGGUGUGCCCCCUUAUUGUUGGAGCACUGACUAAACACAAGACCCGUCUGGAGUGGCAGAACGUGUUUGUGAUAGCCGCCAUGGUGCACUACACAGGGGUCAUCUUCUAUGCUAUCUUCGCCUCAGGCGACAAGCAGGAAUGGGCAGAACAAGAGAGCACCAGCGAAGAUAAGGUUGGUAUUAUCGACGAGGAUGAGCUGGCCGAAGAGACUGAGCUCAACAGCGAGAUUGCCAUGGUACCCAAGAAAAGCUAUGGAACCACAGAGAACUCAUCGGGUCGCAAACAGGGCUGGAAGAAGAACAGAGGAGUCACCAUGCAGGAGGAUAAGGAUGAUGGGAACUCGCACCACGGGAAUGGGAACUACCAGGAGCAGUUUCAGUGAUGCGCCCUAAUAAUCAGGGGCAUUGGCUGUAUAGAUUCUCCAAAUUUUUCCUGGAGUGGGCACUUGCACACUUUCUCACAUAGAAAACCUGAGGAAACCAGAGGAGGCUUAAUGGGAGGAGCUAUAGGAGGAUGGGCUCAUUGUAAUGGCUGGAAUGCAA